AGCUAGUUGGCCGUCCAAUUAUUUGAACGUCAUGCGCGUGGACGCGCGGCUCUCUGCGAAACCGUCGGCGAUCGGUUGUUGGCUACCGGCAUCCGACGGGCAAGGAUUGUCAACGGACCUGGCGGACACACCGGCGCGUUCACGUCGCAAGAUUGCCCGCAGUCUGUCGGACGUAUCGAUAGAGUUACAGCGAUGGAGAACAUGCUCGAGCCACUCCUCGACAUCCCGACGGUCUACUACGGGGCGCUGCUGGGCUUCGGAUUCUGCGUGUAUUAUCUUUUCGAAGUCGUCAAAACGCCGAUGCUGGUCUGCGCGAACGGACCGUUUCGAUCAUUCCUCGAGGAACGCGUGCCUCUGGUUAGGAACAAAUUUUGGCCGACCUUGUGGUGCUUCGAGUCGAGAGCACAGACCAUUAUAGCGAGCAUUCUUAGGUCGCGAAUUUUGAAGCCUAUUAUCUAUCGCAGAGAAAUCCUGUGCUUGUCGGACGGAGGCGAAGUGGCCUUGGACUGGGAGGAGGAAGGAUCCUCGACGACCUCGCCGAUCGUAAUCAUCCUACCAGGACUCACGGGUGCCAGUCAAGCGGAAUACAUAAAGUGCCUAAUUACGUCGGCUAAAAAAGUCGGCAUAAGAUGCGUGAUUUUCAAUAACAGAGGCCUGGGAGGCGUAGAACUCAAGACCCCGCGGACGUAUUGCGCAGCAAAUAGCGACGAUUUGUCCGAAGUUAUUGAACACGUGAGAAAGCUUUACCCCAAUGUGCCCCUUGGAGCGACCGGGAUCUCUAUGGGAGGGCUCAUAUUGGGUAACUAUUUGGCGCAGCAAGGAUCAAUGGCGAAAAACAAAUUAAAAGGAUGUUUCUUAAUCUCUGUACCGUGGAACGUUUUCGCGGCGACGAAGAAUACGGAAGAGAAUUAUUUUAAUUUGAUGAUGAACAAGUAUUUGGCUGGAACACUGCGUAAAAACAUACAACGAUUACAUUAUGCGACAGAAAGCGGGUUCUUCGAUGUGGACAUAGAUACUCUCCUAAAAAGCCAAACCGUGCGAGAGUUUGAUUCGCACUUCACGGUGAAACAGUUCGGCUACAGAGACGUGGAGGAGUACUAUUCUAAUGCAACUAUACACGACAAAUUGCACUUGAUUGAUGUGCCGCUAUUAUGCCUCAGCGCUGCUGACGACCCAUUUCAACCGGUUCAAGCAAUUCCAUUAAAGGAAAUAUCGGAAACGAAAAAGGUCGCCGUUGUGGUAACGUCGCGAGGCGGCCAUAUUGGUUUUAUGGAAGGUAUGUGGCCGGUCAAAGAGGAACAAUACAUGGGGAAACUGUUCUCGCAGUUCUUUAAGGCAUUGUUUACCACCGACGUUGACCACCAAUUAUUAUGACGAACUUACAAUAUUCAAUUUCAAUCUCAUCCACGAUAAUCGACAUCAAAAUGGAUUGUCCACGUUUGGUCAUUUAAACAAGAAAGGGAACGAUCGCGUGCCAUGAUUAAUUGCAUAUUCAGGGUAUCGCACAUGUGAUGUUAGUACUAAUAAGAAUUACAAAACCUUCGUCGCUUUUAUAAAAAUAUUUUUACCAACGACCUAUCGAGCACUAGUUUACUAAUUGUAUAGGGUAUAAUUUUUUACAAAAUAUACGACAAAUAUACGCACAUCCAUUCUCGCGUAUAUAUCAUAGUGAUAUUUAUUUUUUAACACAGUAAGUUUAUCGUGGAAGUUUUGUAACGACAAAUGCGUUUGCGCGUCACGAUCACGCAAGAUUUAUUAUAUUGACAUGUUAUGAAGUAAAUGAUGACCGUUAGAAGUAUAAAUUCGCAACACGAUUAACAAUUUAAUUAAUUAUAUAUUUUACGAUAAGCAGAAGUUCCUUGUUAAAAAGGUACGCCGCGCAAUACAGAUGAUAGAAUAAAUUACGUAAAGUAUAAAACAUCAUACCGUCUACAAGUAAAAAGAAAUGCUGUCUGUAUGAUUUAAAUAUCGCCGGUUGUGAUACAGGAAAUGAUAACAUCUAUUGUUCCAUUUUACACAUGAUAUCGAAUUUCACAGUAUUAAAAGGAGUCGUGAAGGCAAGUCUAAUGACACACACAAAUCAUGUUUCAUCAUGUUUUUUUACUUCUUCAACGACAGAGUCAUAUAAGCCAUCGAAUACCAAUGCCAUACUUUAAUAAUAAAUUUUAUAUUUGUUAUUUAGUAUUUAAUAAUAAAAAAAAGAUAUACCAA